AUGUCUGUUCCGGUCAUACAAACUUUUCCUGUCCCCGCAGGCGACGCUGCUUUCGAGAAAACUCGCCGCCAUCUCAUCAAUCAAUUUGAUGCAAAGAUACCGCAGGAUUAUAUCAUCGCACGCCACGUGAUUGACAAACCGCCAACGGACGUCACUGAAAUUCCUCGGUCAUGCGGCAUUCUCAGCGCCGAGGAGAUCGCUAUCACGGAAGACUACGAUGCAGUCGACCUAGCAAAGGCUAUUGCCCAGCGCAAGUAUACUGCGGUAGCCGUUGCGACUGCGUUCUCAAAGCGAGCAAUCAUCUGCCAUCAAAUCAGCAACUGCCUGACUCAGUGGUUCCCUGAAGAAGCGAUCAAGCAAGCCAAGUCACUGGACGACUAUCUCGAUGAGCAUGGACACACCGUCGGACCAUUACACGGAGUUCCAUUAAGUCUAAAGGAACAUAUUGCCAUUCGAGGAAGAGGAACGUCCUACGGGUUUCUUGCCUCAAAUCAUGUCAGCGACAAUGAUAGCUUGCUGGUGUCCAUACUUCGGGACUCCGGAGCUGUCUUUUACGUCAAAACAAUGCAGCCUCAAGGUCUCUUGCAUAUGGAGAGUGACAACUAUAUGGGACGAGUGUUGAAUCCGUACAACAUUCACUUGUCAGCUGGUGGUUCCUCAGGUGGUGAGGCGGCCCUCGUCGCACUCCGCGGAUCUGUUCUGGGCGUGGGCUCAGACUUGGGAGGCAGUAUCCGAGCUCCAUCUGCCUUCUGCGGUCUGUAUGGCUUCAAACCUACAGCGAAUAUCUUGCCAAUGCAAGGCCUUCUGCCCCGAGGAUUCGCAGCCGGCCUCAAUAUCCAGCCAUGUGUAGGGCCAAUGUGUCGAUCGUUGAGAGACAUGGAUCUGUUUAUGCGCACCGUCAUCGACUCCAGACCAUAUCUUAAAGAUCCGCUUCUAGUACCUAUUCCAUGGACAGGCACAAAAACAUCAACCGCGCCGAGACUCAAGAUCGGUAUCAUGGCCAUGGAUGACAUGAUCACACCAAUGCCGCCCUUGACCCGUGCUAUCUCAUGGGCGCAGCAGAGACUGGACGCACGUCCGGAUGUCGAAGUCAAGAAAUUCACGCCAUACAGAGCCCGCGAGGCACUGGACUUGACACGCCGCAUCUUCACACCAGACGGUGGUGUUGGUUUUCGUAAGCUUCUCGCUGCAUCAGGCGAGCCAGAGCAUCUCUUAUCUACAGCCGUACUCGACAAAGCCACCGACUCUAGUCAUGUCAACCAGAUAUCCAUGCUGCGAGCAGAGCGAGACGACUUCCGCCGCGAGAUGGCAGCACACUGGAACGAACAAGAUGUAGAUCUGGUCUUGAUGCCUGUGUUCGUUGGACCCGCUCCUGCCCAUGACACAGCUAUCUACAAGGGCUACACUAGUGUAUGGAAUCUGGUUGAUUAUCCAGCCGUCGCCAUCCCAACACCACUCGUUGCAGAAGCGAAGGGCGUGGAGAAGUAUGCUGAUCAGCAAGACAUUGGCGUUGAGGACCAAUAUGUUCGUCGUAUGUAUGAACGUGCUGAUUUCGCAGGGGCGUCGUUGGGAUUGCAGCUCGUCGCGCGCAAGCAUCAUGAUAAUCUCUUGUUUGGGGCAUUGAGAUUGAUUCAAGACGCGCUUGAGCUCAAGUAG